GCAAGUUUUGCUCACAAUGGAAGUGGAUUGGCGGGCCGAGGCCGAGAAUGGCAAGAUGGAAGAUAGCGAAAACAAGAUCGCUCUACUCCUCUCCCAUCUCAUGGACCUCCUGGCAACAUGCAUUACACAGCAUCGACGACACGCUGACUCAAGUCCACAGCCGCCUCCGGCAACUGGAGCAGCGACCUAUCGCCGCCCCCGAUGCCAGCUCUUCCAACACCUCCGAUCGCCUCGAAGCAUUGGAGAUUGACGUCGACUCCCUCAAGGAUGGCGUGCAGUUACAGCAAACCGCAACGCAACAGUUGGAGCAGCGGAUCUGUACUGCCGCCAACCGCUCGAGAUCGGAACUGCGCGAGACAGCUCCAAAGUUUGACGGGCAGGAGAUCUUCUGCGACUCGACGAAAACAGAUCCGAUUCCAUGGUUCCGCAAGUUCGAGCUCACGCUGCAGCUACACUACGUCAAAGAACACAAGCACCAUGCGUACUUAUACUCCCGGUCAGGGGGCGCGUGCCAAGCAUGGUUGGACAAUCUCUUGUCCAAGUACGGAGUGGUAACUGCCGACUUGCAUACCAAGAUCAGCUGGGAUGAUCUGAAGGCAGCGUGGCAUAAACGGUUCCAAGUAGAGCCGCCAAAGAUCAAGGCAACAGACAAGCUAAUGGUUUUCGAACAAGGCACGCUGCCGAGUGUCGACUGGAUUGCCGAGUACCAACGCUUGGCAUCCGUCCCAGACAUCCAAAUGGGCUUCAAAGCCAUCCGCCACUAUUUUAUCUCAAGGUCGUGUCCGACAUUGAGCAAUGCCUUGACUCACAUCGAGGACACCCUGACGACAAUGGCGGAACUCUUUGACAAGGCCGCGCAGAUUAUUAUCACGAACAAGGAGGCUAAGAACCUGCGUUCGUCUGCGGCAGGCCCACGCAGAGAUCAACAUCGGCCGAAAGUGGUCGUGGUCGCGGCGGCAACGCCGUUUGACCAAAUAGCGAGGCCGUGUCUGCUAAUGAAGGAAACAGACUCGCAGCCGCCCGGGAAGGUGGCCGCCCCGGCAAAGGUCGAGGAUGUGGCAAGGCGAAGACAAACACCACAUCUAGCCCCAGGCCCGGCGCAGCAGCUCCAGCCCCAUGGUCCCAAUACGAAUUCGACGCGCGAGUUCAACAUAGAGGUAUUGGACCCGCUCACGUUUGGGGAUUUCGCAUGGCUUCCUCUCCCGAUUACAGGCCGCUUGCCGGGACCGCAAUACGCAGCACUAUGUGCUCAUCUUCACACGUACUUAUCCUUCUAUGCACCAACAACUUCGGCGACGGAUGACGAAGUUGUGGUGGGGGACAUCCUUGCGUAUGUUACCAAGGUGGCCCGCGAGUUUUGCAAUCAGCGGUACGACGACAACAACGCACCGCUCCUCUAUGUCCGCAUCCAAGUUGGGCAAGCGUCCUGCAACGCUUUGCUGGAUAGCGGCUCGUCUCGCAAUUUUAUGAGCCAAGCCAUUAUGCAAAGGGAUGGCCUUGGUGCACAAGUUCGAAGGAAGGCAAACCCGACGGCGAUCAAGUUGGCUGACGGAAGGACGCAACAACUUAUCGACCGCUACAUCGAGGUCGUACCGGUGUAUUUCACACCUCAUGCAUGUGAACCGGUGACAUUCGACAUUUUGCACACGGACUUCGACAUUAUUUUGGGAAUGCCUUGGCCUGCAAGUGCGGAUCACACGGUCAACUUCCACCGUCAGACUCUUACCAUUCGCGACGCCUUCGACACCAAAGUGGCGUGUACUAUUCCUCUUCCGCACCCUUCGAUUUGGUGUCAAGUGGUGACGGCCAAGUCAUUCCGGGCUACUUGUGCUUACGAGCAGCCCGACGAAAUCGGCCUCUGUUUCCUACGGACUGUCGCGGUACCUGACUCUUCACCCACGGACUUGUCUUCGGACCCCAGUAUGGUACGGUUGCUUGAUGAGUUCACCGACAUCUUUGAAUCACCUACCGGUGUAGUGUCGGAUCGGCCGAUCUCUCAUGAGAUCAUUCUUGAGGCCGGUGUCGUGCUGUCGAAAGGUUGCAUUUAUCGCAUGAGUGAGGAGGAGCUUACGGUCCUCUGCGCACAACUCAAUGAUUUGUUGGACAAGGGCUGGAUCCGCCCUAGUAGCUCUCCAUAUGGAGCGCCAGUUCUCUUCAUACGGAAGAAGAACAAAGAUCUACGAUUGUGCAUCGACUACUGCAAGCUCAACGCGCAAACCGUCAAGAUGUGGGGCCUCUUCCUUGCAUCGACGAUCUUCUUGAGCGAUUGGGCGGCGCAAAGUAUUUUUCCAAGCUAGAUUUGAAGUCUGGAUAUCAUCAAAUCUCGAUCCGACCGAACGAUCGUUACAAAUCCGCGUUCAAGACGCGG